AUGGCUGGCAUUCGAAUGAACAAGAGUUUCGGAUCUCUUGUUGUGGGCGCGGGAGGAUUUGAGAACCUUCCAUUUUUGGAAAAAGAUUGUCGCAAUUACAUCGAUAAGGCAAGACAUCUACGACUUGGAGCAGGUGGUGCUGGAGCGCUUCGAGACUAUUUUUGUAGAAUGCAGUACAAGAACCCCGGAUUCUUUGCCUUGAUGGAUUUAGAUGAUGAUGGGAGGUUAAAAAAUGUCUUUUGGGCAGAUCCACGCAGUAGGGCAGCUUAUCAAGAUUUUGGUGAUGUGGUAACAUUUGACACCACAUACUUGACAAACAGAUACGGGAUGCCCUUUGCUCCAUUUGUUGGUGUAAACCAUCAUGGGCAGUCGAUUCUCUUAGGAGCAGGGUUAAUUUCCAGUGAGGACACAGAGACUUUUACAUGGUUAUUUCAGACCUGGCUGCAGUGUAUGGAUGAGCAAAAAUAUUAUGUAUCCAACUCAAGAAGCCCAGAUUAUAAGGACUCUGCAUGCGAAUGUGAGCAUAAAGUCACUUGUAAUAAGAACUAUCAGCAGACAAUGAAAGAAAACUACGAAGGAAUUAAGCUUUUACAUCAGUUUGCUAGGCUUCUAGAGCAAACUUAUGACCAUAAUAAUGCUUAUUCUGUCACAUAA